CUCAGGCACAUUCCACUGUUAAAUUCACAGGAUGCCAGCCAUUGAUCUUUCCCUUUGUGAUCAUCUCUUUAAGGACUUUUUCUAUCGUCAUGAGGCAAAAUUUGAAGAGGAAAAAAUGGUGGCUGGGUGAUUGACAAAUUAUUCUCAGGACUCAGUGACCUUUGAGGAUGUGGCUGUGGACUUCACCCCGGAGGAGUGGACUUUACUGGAUCAGAUUCAGAGAAACUUAUACAGAGAUGUGAUGCUGGAGAACUACGAGAAUCUAGUUGCAGAGAGAAACCACUUUGGAGAGGAACUGUUUGACUUUAACCAAUGUGAAAAAACCUUGAGUGAACGCUCAUGCCUUAAGACUCACAGGAGAACUUACUUUAGAAAAAAAACCUGUGAGCAUAAUCAGUAUGAAAAAGCCUUCACAAAACCGUCUACUUUUACUUUACACAAGAAGACUGAUAUUGGAGAGGAACUUCCCAACUGUAAUCAAUGUGAAACAGUCUUCAGCCAACAUCUACUUCUUGUCUGUGGGAAAACUCACACUCAAGAGAAACCAUAUAAAUGCAGCGACUGUGAGAAGUUACGUUCCUUGUCACACCUUAGAGAAUGUGUAAGAAUUUAUGGUGGAGAGAGACCAGAUACUUGUAAGGAGUAUGUCAAAACCUUUUCUCAUUCUACAGACCUUUUUGUACACAUACAAACUCAUGAUGGAGAAAAACUCCAUGAAUGUAAAGCAUGUAGGAAACCCUUCACUCAGUCUUCAUAUCUUACUCAAUAUUUAAGAAUUCAUAGUAGAGUGUUACCUAUAGAAUGUAAGAAAUUGGGCAAAGCCUUUGCUUAUUCCCCAGGUCUUGCUAAACAUAAAAGACUUAGCACUAGGGGUAAACAGUAUGUUUGUAAUGAAUGUGGCAGAGAGUUUACUUGUUUCUCAAAACUCGACAUUCACAUAAGAGUUCACACUGGAGAAAAACCGUAUGAGUGUAACAAAUGUGGGAAAGCCUUUACUGAUUCUUCAGGUCUUAUAAAACACGGGCGAACUCACACUGGAGAAAAGCCUUAUGAAUGUAAGGAAUGUGGGAAAGCUUUUGCUAACUCUUCACAUUAUCUUACUGUACAUAUGAGAACCCACACUGGUGAAAAGCCUUAUCAGUGUAAGGAAUGUGGAAAAGUCUUUAUUAAUUCCUCUUUCUUUAAAAGUCACAUGCAGACUCACCCUGGUGUAAAGCCCUAUGACUGUCAACAGUGUGGGAAAGCUUUUAUUCGAUCCUCAUUUCUUAUUCAUCAUUUAAGAAGUCAGAGUGCAGAAAGGCCUUUUGAAUAUGAAAAAUGUGGGAAAGCCUUUAGAUACUCCUCGCACCUUAGUCAACAUAAAACACACACAGGGGAGAGGCCCUAUAAAUGUCAAAAAUGUGAGCAAGCCUUCACUGUCUCAUCAGGCCUUACAGUACACAUGAGAACUCACACUGUUGAACGGCCCUUUGAAUGUCAGGAAUGUGGGAAAGGCUUUACUCGGUACACAUACCUUAUUCAACAUCUAAGAAGCAGUAGGGAGAAACCAUAUAAAGAAUGUGGGUAAACCUUUAGUAAUUCCUCAUGCCUCACUGAAUGUGUAAGAAUUCACACUUGA